AUGGCACGGCGGGCCGGGGGCCGCGGGGGGCCCCGCCUGCUGCUGGGGCUGUGGCUAGUGCUGUGUGGGAUGCGGGGCGGCAGCGCCCAGUACCCGCAGUACUCCCGCGGGGCGGGCCGGUCCCUCAGCUGGGGCCCGGCGGCGGCCUGCAGCCCUCGCUGCCUGCACGGCGGGCUGUGCCUCGGCAACGGCACCUGCCUCUGCUCCAAGGGCUACGAGGGCGAGCUCUGCCAGCACGCAACAUGUUAUCCAAAAUGCAAAAAUGGUGGAGAGUGCCUGAGACCUGGAAAAUGCCGAUGUCCACCUGGCUAUGGGGGCAGAUACUGUCAUAAGGUAAGCUGUGAAGGAGGCUGUCAAAAUGGCGGGGAAUGCAUCUCUGUCAAUGGGGUUGUGAAGUGCCUUUGUGCUUCUGGCUGGACAGGAUCAAGGUGCCAGGAAGCAAUUUGCCCUCAAGGUUGCCGGAAUAAUGGAGCUUGUGUUGCUCCUGGGAUUUGUAGCUGUCCAGCUGGAUGGGUCGGUGGAGCAUGUCACUUAGCUGUAUGUAAACUACCUUGUCAACAUGGAGGAAAAUGCAUAGCUCCGAACGUGUGCAGAUGUCGACUGCCCUACUCUGGUCUACAGUGCACAAAGAAAAGAAAGGAAUGAAACAGCUUCAGCAAAGAUAAGCUGUAAUUUCUUGUAACUCUUCAUGCAGAGAUAAAAUCUGAGGGAAGAGAUAGGGAGGAACUUAAGUGGUAAUUAGUUGAAGUCAGGUAGCUUUUUGUCUUUAGUAUUCUGAGUAAAUUCAUUUCUCUAUGGAAAGAGAAGUAUUGCUGAUAGUAAUAAAGCUGUUAAAAAUAUCCAACUGUGUGUAGUGUAUGAUGCACUCUACUGUAUGUGUAGUAUAUGUUUUUCUGCUGUUCUCACUUUUCUUCGUAAGCAGAGCUAUUAUGUCGUGGUUGAUAGA